UCUGUGCGAGAAGUGGGAGGAAGACGGGCAGAGACAAAGAAAGAGCAAACGGGGAUGUUCCAAAACUACGCUGAAGCCACCGAAAGUAAUAACAAUAAAAGUCUUCUCUGUGAUCACAAGGAAAAACUUGUCCAGGCUAUUAAAAGAAUCAAGCAUGAGGCCGAUGAGUGCCGAGAAGCAGAGAGAGAGACGUACACAGAGUCAGUGGAAGUAGAGGGCAGGUUUGAUGACCUGGAGCGAGAAAUCAGUGCCGAGUUUCAGAACCUCCAUCGCUUCCUGGACGCGGAGGAAUGUAAGGACCUGGAGCGACUGAGGAGGGAGAGACAGAAACAACUGAGGCAGCUGAAGGAGAGAGAGAAGAAAAUAGCAGAGCAAGGGAAAGACCUGGAGAGAGCGAUCACGGUACUCAACAGCAAACUGGCAGAGGAGGACAGUGCUACGCUGCUCAAAGAAAUUCAAGAUCUUAUAAAAAGGUCUCAGGUCAGCUUUGUUCCUCCAGAGGACGUGGACACUGAGGUGCGCUCUGGUCAGUUUGUGGGGCCCAUCCAGUACAGGAUAUGGAAGCGUAUGAAAAGCUGCCUCUACCCAAAUAUUACAUCAGUGACCUUAGACCCUGAGACAGCUCACCCUAAUCUGUCCCUGUCCCAGUCUCACACCUCAGUAUGGUUCGAGGAAGACAAAGACACAACAGAUAUCCAGCCCAACCCACGACGCUUCCACUACUAUUACUGUGUGCUGGGUCAUCAGGGCUUCACCACAGGGCGGCACUACUGGGAGGUGGAGGUGGAUCGUAAGACCGCGUGGAGGCUGGGUGUAGCACGAGAAGAUGUCCCAAGAGGGGAGAUGGCUGCCACAGGCACCUCCAGUGGCAUCUGGACCCUGGCCCUGAAGGGUGGAUCCGUCCUGGCCUGCACCGACCCAGAACCCACCAAAAUUAACGUGUCUCUCCGUCUUGUUCGCAUCGGCGUGUUCUUAAACUGUGAAAAAGAGGAGGUGUCUUUCUAUAAUGCUGUUACCAUGGCACCAAUCUACACCUUCACCAUGGGAACGGUCAUGGUGCCUCUGCUCCCCUUCUAUAACCCCUGUGACACACAUGACGGAAAGAACACGACACCAAUACAGAUUUUUGAACCUUCACUAUGAUAAAGAAGUGUUAUCACUAGAUUAAAGAUGAUUACUGGUCC